AUGCCACUGGAGGUGACAGAGGGACCAUUUCACACAGAAUUAGCUGUCAGCAUUUUUCCUGAGUUACCUGGACUGUCCUGGAGUGGGCCUCAGCCAGCAUUGCUGACAGCUGCCACCAGCCCUCAAUCAGAACUGGAUCAGAAUAUCAAAGACACGUGCAGGCGCCCAAAGGAAUUUAGUUAUCCUGGUACAACAUCUCCUCUCCCUGAAGAGGGCCAGUUCACAUCCAGAGGGGAGAGAAUGAAGACCGUGGCAUGGCCGGCUUUCGUGCUGGGAUUUCCGUUCCUGUGCUCUUGUCUUACAGCCUGGGAGAACGCGAGAACUGAGAGGGAGGAGAAGGAAAGGGGGUCUCACUUGAGAGUGAAGCGCGGCUGGGUGUGGAGCCACUUUUCUGUCCCGGAAGAAAUGAACACGACUCAUCACAUUGGACGGCUAAGGUCUGACUUAGACAAUGGAAACAACUCUUUCCUGUACAAGCUUUCGGGGGCUGGAGCUGGAAGUAUUUUUGUCAUUGAUGAAAGAACAGGUGACAUUUAUGCCAAGCAGAAGCUUGACAGGGAGGAACGGUCCCUCUAUAGGCUGAAAGCCCAGGUAAUAGACACCACCACCGGAAAGGCUGUGGAACCUGAGUCUGAAUUUGUCAUCAGCGUAUCGGAUAUCAAUGACAAUGAACCAAAAUUCCUGGAGGAACCAUAUGAGGCCACUGUACCCGAGAUGUCUCCCGAAGGAACAUUUGUCAUCCGCGUGACGGCAAGUGACGCAGAUGACCCUGGUACUGGCAAUAAUGCACGCCUCCUGUACAGCCUGCUGCAGGGCCAAGCGUACUUCUCUACUGAGCCAACAACAGGAGUCAUAAGAAUAUCUUCUGAAAUGGAUAGAGAACUACAAGAUGAGUACUGGGUAAUUAUUCAAGCCAAAGACAUGCUCGGUCAGCCCGGAUCCCUGUCUGCAACCACAAGUGUAUUAAUCAAGCUUUCAGAUAUUAAUGACAAUAAGCCAAUAUUUAAAGAAAGUUUGUACCGACUCACUGUCUCUGAAUCAGCACCUACUGGGACUUUCAUUGGAAAAAUUAUUGCUUAUGAUGAUGACGUAGGAGAGAAUGCACAAAUGCAUUACAGCAUUGACGACAAUAAUUCACAAACAUUCGACAUCAUCACCAAUGAUGAGACCCAGGAGGGUAUAGUGAUAUUGAAACAGAAGGUGGAUUUUGAACAGCAGAGCCAUUACGGCAUCAGAGUUCGAGUUCGAAACCCUCGUGUUGAUGAACAUCUCCUCCACUUCCAUUCUGAGCCCUCCACCACGUUCAUUGCAAUCCAAGUGGAAGAUGCAAAUGAGCCUCCAGUUUUCUCCCUCCCGUAUUAUGUGUUUGAAAUUCUGGAAGAAAACCCAAGGGGAUCAUUCGUUGGAGAGGUAUCAGCCACAGACCCCGAUCAAAAGAAAUCUCCCAUUAGGUAUUCUAUUACCAAAAGCGAAAUAUUCCUUAUUGACGAAGGUGGUACUAUAAUCACCACGGGGCCUUUGGACAGAGAGGACAUGGCAUGGUUCAACCUGAGUGUCGCAGCCAUGGAAACCGAAAAUGAAUACCAGAUUUCUUCAAUUCCUGUAUAUAUUCAAGUUCUUAAUAUUAAUGAUCAUGCUCCUGAGUUUUCUCAAUACUAUGAGACUUAUGUGUGCGAAAAUGCAGAGUCUGGCCAGAUAAUUCAGACACUCAGUGCCAUAGAUAGAGAUGAAUCUCUGGAAGAGCACCAUUUUUAUUUUAACCUAUCCACAGAAGACACAAGCAACUCAAGUUUUACACUUAUAGAUAAUCAAGAUAACACAGCUGUAAUUUUGACUAAUAGACCCGGCUUUAGCCUUCAAGAAGGCUCUGUUUUCUACUUGACCAUCUUAAUUGCGGACAAUGGAAUUCCAUCACUCACAAGUACCAACACCCUGACCAUAACGCUCUGUGACUGCCACGCCACUGGGGUUGCUCGGGACUGUGCUGAGCAGACACUGCUGCUUGCGCUGGGAUUCAGGACAGAAGUAAUCAUAGCUAUCCUGCUCUGUGCUGUGGUAAUGUUUGGGGUGAUCCUUCUGAUGCUGGCGCUGAGACAGCGAAGGAAGCCCACUCUGUUCCCCGAGAAGGAGGAGGACUUCAGGGAGAACAUAUUCCAGUACGACGACGAAGGGGGCGGCGAGGAGGACACGGAGGCCUUCGACGUGGUGGAGCUGGGGAGCAGCGCCGGCGCGCUGGACACGCCGGCCGGCCGCGCGUGCUCCCGGGCGCAGGGCCGGCGCCGCGGCCGCAGCCGGGGCCGCUGCUCCCUGCAGGCGGGCCCCGACGGCGCGGUCCUCGGGGCCUUCAUCCGGGACAAGCUGGCGGAGGCCGACGCCGACCCCUGCGCGCCGCCCUUCGACGCCCUGCAGACCUUUGCCUUCGAGGGGACCGGGUCCCCCGCCGGCUCCCUGAGCUCCCUGGGCUCGUCCACCCCCGACCAGGAGGACGGUUUCGAUGACCUUCAGGAGCUGGGGCCUCGCUUUCAAAGGCUGGCCAGCCUGUUGGGCUCCACGGGGCCGUGGAGCCACUGA